AAAGGGUUUUAUUUAAUUGUUGCUUAAGUUAUUUACCAUUAAAAUAAUACAAAGACUAGAUGCGGUCUCACUGCGGAGCAAAUUCAUUACAUUAUCCCCUGUGCUAAGAAUAGUCACCUUCUGAGUUAUCAGCCAGUGUGUGUGUUAAGUCUUGCAUUGCGCCUCUGAGCGUAGCUCGAUUGUAGCCACUAGCAACCGGGGCAGCAAUCCUUUCCCACUGAUGACAUCAGCAGGCAUUAGGAGGAGUCAGCUGCUGCUGCAAGCCAGCAUAGCGUCCAGAUCCUUGUCAAACAUGGCAGCUCCCCUGCCUGCUGCUACUACUACUGAACAAAUAGAGCUAGCUUUGUAAGCUGGAAAAACAUUUCCUUCCCUUUCUGUGACUCAUGGACAUGUCUUCCGAUCCUUAUUUACCCUACGACGGGGGAGGGGACAACAUUCCCCUACAGGAGAUGCACAAAAGAGGAAAUCAUUAUACAAUGACAAAUGGGGGAAAUAUAAGCAGUUCAACCCAUUUACUGGACCUUCUAGACGAGCCCAUUCCAGGAGUGGGUACCUACGAUGAUUUCCACACAAUUGACUGGGUUCGAGAAAAGUGCAAAGACAGGGAAAGGCACAGAAAGAUUAACAGCAAAAAGAAAGAAUCAGCAUGGGAGUUUACAAAGAGCUUAUAUGAUGCUUGGUCAGGAUGGCUAGUUGUGACUCUAACAGGCUUGGCUUCUGGCGCUCUGGCAGGUUUGAUAGACAUUGCUGCAGACUGGAUGAAUGACCUGAAGGAAGGCGUCUGCCUCAGUGCAUUAUGGUUUAACCAUGAACAGUGCUGCUGGGGGUCAAAUGAAACGACGUUUGAAGAGAGGGACAAAUGUCCCCAGUGGAAGACGUGGGCGGAACUGAUCCUCGGACAGGCAGAAGGUCCGGGUUCCUAUAUAAUGAACUACUUCAUGUAUAUCUACUGGGCCUUGUCUUUUGCAUUCUUGGCUGUUUCUAUGGUAAAGGUGUUUGCACCAUAUGCUUGUGGUUCUGGUAUCCCAGAGAUCAAAACAAUCCUCAGUGGGUUCAUCAUUCGAGGGUAUCUAGGCAAGUGGACAUUGCUGAUUAAAACUGUAACUCUGGUGCUGGCGGUGGCAUCAGGCCUGAGCCUGGGAAAGGAGGGGCCUCUUGUACAUGUUGCCUGUUGUUGUGGCAACAUCUUCUCUUAUCUAUUCCCAAAGUACAGCAAAAAUGAAGCUAAAAAACGAGAGGUGCUGUCGGCUGCAUCUGCAGCUGGAGUGUCUGUUGCUUUCGGUGCUCCAAUAGGCGGAGUCCUUUUUAGUUUGGAAGAGGUUAGCUAUUACUUCCCCCUGAAAACACUCUGGAGGUCAUUCUUUGCCGCUCUGGUUGCUGCCUUUGUCCUGCGCUCCAUCAACCCCUUUGGAAACAGCAGACUGGUACUGUUCUACGUGGAGUACCACACCCCAUGGUACCUGUUUGAACUCUUCCCCUUCAUCCUGCUGGGGGUCUUCGGAGGGCUCUGGGGGGCCUUCUUCAUCCGCGCCAACAUAGCCUGGUGCCGCCGGCGUAAGUCCACGCGUUUCGGGAAGUACCCGGUUCUGGAGGUGAUCACCGUGGCAGCCAUCACGGCGAUUGUGGCGUUCCCCAACCCCUACACCCGGCAGAACACCAGUGAGCUCAUCAAGGAGCUCUUUACCGAUUGCGGGCCACUCGAGUCCUCCCAGCUCUGCCAGUACCGCAGUGAGAUGAACGGAAGCAAGGUGGUGGAUGACAUCCCUGAUCGACCCGCUGGGCCCGGCGUCUACUCCGCCAUGUGGCAACUCUCCCUGGCGCUCAUCUUCAAAAUCAUCAUGACCAUCUUCACCUUUGGCAUCAAGGUGCCGUCUGGUCUGUUCAUUCCCAGUAUGGCUAUCGGUGCGAUAGCUGGAAGGAUUGUGGGCAUAGCGGUGGAGCAGCUGGCUUACUACCACCAUGACUGGUUCCUGUUCAAGGAGUGGUGUGAGGUUGGGGCGGACUGCAUCACACCGGGACUCUACGCCAUGGUUGGGGCUGCAGCGUGUCUCGGGGGUGUGACCCGGAUGACAGUGUCGCUGGUGGUCAUUGUGUUUGAGCUAACUGGUGGUCUGGAGUACAUCGUCCCCCUGAUGGCAGCAGUGAUGACCAGCAAGUGGGUGGGGGACGCGUUUGGCAGGGAGGGCAUCUAUGAAGCGCACAUCCGCCUGAAUGGUUACCCCUUCCUGGAUGCCAAGGAGGAGUUCACUCACACCACGCUGGCCUCUGAGGUGAUGCGGCCGCGCAGGACCGACCCCCCCCUGGCUGUGCUCACACAGGACGACAUGACUGUGGAGGAGCUGGAAUCUGCCAUCAAUGAGACCAGCUACAACGGCUUCCCUGUCAUUGUGUCAAAAGAAUCCCAGAGACUGGUGGGGUUCGCUCUGAGGCGAGAUAUCACCAUUGCCGUAGAAAAUGCACGUCGAAAGCAGGAGGGUAUUGUCAGGACGUCCAGGGUGUACUUCACCCAGCACGCCCCGUCGCUCCCUGCUGACAGCCCCCGGCCUCUGAAACUGAGAUCCAUCCUGGACAUGAGCCCGUUCACCGUCACCGACCACACGCCCAUGGAGAUUGUGGUGGAUAUCUUCCGGAAGCUGGGGCUGAGGCAGUGCCUUGUCACACACAACGGGAUUGUCUUGGGGAUCAUCACCAAGAAGAAUAUAUUAGAGCACCUCGAGCAACUAAAGCAUCACGUCGAACCCUUGGCGCCUCCUUGGCAUUAUAACAAAAAAAGAUAUCCUACGUCACAUGGCCCAGAUGGCAAAUCUCGACCCAGAGACAAUAAUGUUCAAUUAAACCCCAUGGAGGAGGAAGAGACGGAAGAGGAAGUCCUUCUGUUGAACAGCACAGCGCUCUGACCUGGGAUCCUUCCUCAAUAGUAACUUAAAUGAAACAAAAUAAAAGAAGAUAAUGAUCCUGCAACGUUUGCACAAGAUGCUGCUUCAGUUGAGAAGAUGCGAGUAAUGCACUUACACAGGGAAGAUUACUCCUCCCCCUAUUUAAAUGUGCACUGGAUGUGGCUGGAAUAGGUCUGACAAGAUAGUACAAUGUUGGAAGAACAGUGGAGCAAAGUACAUUGUUUACCUAUGUAAUGUAAAGGAUCAGAUUAAACGGGGCAUCCACUGAAAGUGACUUGAGCUAUCUAAAUAUGACUGCAGGGUGCUCCCCUUUUGUGCUUUGUUUACUUAGGAAACUUGUCUGUCACAAAUCAUUUCCACAUUCCAUAACAAUUUAACUGUUGCUUAAAAAAAUAUAUAUAAUUUUUUUUUUUUUUUUAAACCCUUUUACGAAUCUCUGGCGUUCCACCAAAACAGCUAUUUCUCAUAUUGAGAUGCUGUUAAGUUUAGAAAAAUAUAUAUAAAAUAAGUAAUGCCGCAAAGGGCAUUGUUUUAAUGCCUGUGUGUGUGGAGUGAAAACAAAAGUAAUUAAAGUUUAAAGAUCUUUUUUUUUUUUUUAAGGUUUUGGUACUUGAGCUGCCAAAUCUCAUUUUGAAGUUCCAGUCAACAGCAUGGCUUGCUCUAAGUUUCUGCUUGUAUUUAAAGUAAGUGGAUGUUGGCAGAAUUGUGACAAAUAGCAGACGCACUAAUGUCCUGCACUACAUGUAGAAACUACAUCUGAUUAGUUGGUCAUUUCAGCAGCAUCACCUAUGAUGGCCAGUGAAGGUGGAGGCCCUGAAUAGUAAUGCAUCUGUGUACUCUAACAAUGGAAACCUGUUUUUGGUCAAAGCUUUUCUUCCUGCUGACAUUAGAGUGUAAAAUUGCACCAAUGUUUAUUUUUUUGUUUGUUGUUCAAAAACAAAAUCUAUGAAGUCAUUGUAGGCUGAAGUUACGUGGUGUACUUCCAUUGUGGUCCCCUUUACAUUGUCAUGACAACUGCGAAGUUAGGAAGAGGUCAGUGUCAGCACUGUAAGAACACUAAUACACCUGGAUUUAGGCUUGUUUUCUAUAUUUUACACAAAACACAACUGGUUAAUAUCAUUUCACCCGGUUCCUCCAGGUAGUUUAUGAACAACACAGCAUUAUUUCCUCAAACUGUUAUUACAUACCCAUUUGACAUAUGAACAUGUGCAAAAUUAAACGAUGUGCCUGUGCAACCCAAAGGAGCCCUUUAUUUUGUUUUCAUAGCAACAUGCACAGCACCUUACCUGCAGAUAUUAAAAUGCUAAUUAUUGAGCUAAAGUGUGGGGUCAGUGUUUUUGUGUGUUCUUUUUAACAGUAAUUGUCCUGCUGUUGGUUAAUGAAGAAUGCAUUGUCUUUGUUAACCUCUGGUGUUGCCUAACACUGUAUUUAAUACGGAUCUUGAUGUUUUUUGUUUUACUUAGAUUUGCAUAUUAUGGAGAAUUUAAAAGUCUGAUAUACUUUGGUGGUUUGAUUGUAUAUUAAUCCAAAAAAUAUCAAAAUUAAAACUUUCAUUGAAAUUAAAAACAACUUUGUUUGGAAUCAA